AUGGCUGAAAACGAUUCUGAUAUUGAUUCACUAAAAACCUUGCAACAACAAAUUGAACAAUUAUGCGAAACUUCGCGUCAAGUCGGAAUUAUCGCUAGUGAUUUUCAAGCUACAAGUCAAAAAGUUCUAAAUGAUAAACUUCGUGGAUUAAUUACCAAUUUACGCGAAAUUAACGAUAUGAAAGAAAAGUUUGAUGAUAUUGAAGUUCCUUUAGAGGUGUUCAGCUACAUAGAUGAAGGAAGAAAUCCCGAGCUGUAUACCAAAGCCUGUUUAGAUAAGGUUGUCAUGAUGAAUCAAGAGAUGAAGGGUAAAGUUGAUGCUUACAAGAAUUUUAAAACUACCCUUUGCGAAGGUUUAGCUAAGGUUUUUCCUAAAGAAAUGGAAGCGUACCUGGAAUAUCGAGACAGUCAGUAA